GCCCCGCCCCCUCCCGGGGAUGCCGGGAUGUUUACCCUCCUGACAGCGGCGCCGCGGGAGGAGGAGCGGGAGCCGAGGGAGGAUGGGCCGCCGCUAGGCUCGCACUCUGGACGCGCCUCGCCGAGCGCAGGGUGGGUGCCCGCGCCUGCAGCGUCCGCGGGGGCGGCGCGGCGGGAGGUGGCCGGUCGGCUCCGGGCCUCGUAGCCGCAGCCCCCGGCCCAGCGAGCCUUUGCGCGGCGGCUCCUGGCCGAGCCGCCCGCCCGCCCCGGGUGCCUCGCGGGCAGGAGAACGGAAAACUCCCGACUUCCUGAGUUUUAAAGUUCCUCUUGCCUCAGACGAUGGAUGAGCAAUCACAAGGAAUGCAAGGGCAGCCUGUUCCUCAGUUCCAGCCGCAGAAGGCCUUACGACCGGAUAUGGGCUAUAAUACAUUAGCCAACUUUCGAAUAGAAAAGAAAAUUGGUCGCGGACAAUUUAGUGAAGUUUACAGAGCAGCCUGUCUCUUGGAUGGAGUACCAGUAGCUUUAAAAAAAGUGCAGAUAUUUGAUUUAAUGGAUGCCAAAGCACGUGCUGAUUGCAUCAAAGAGAUAGAUCUCCUUAAGCAACUCAACCAUCCAAAUGUAAUUAAAUAUUAUGCAUCAUUCAUUGAAGAUAAUGAACUAAACAUAGUUUUGGAAUUAGCAGAUGCUGGUGAUCUAUCCAGAAUGAUAAAGCAUUUUAAGAAGCAAAAGAGGCUAAUUCCCGAGAGAACUGUCUGGAAGUACUUUGUUCAGCUGUGCAGUGCACUGGAACACAUGCAUUCUCGAAGAGUCAUGCACAGAGAUAUAAAACCAGCUAAUGUAUUCAUCACAGCCACUGGGGUGGUCAAACUGGGAGACCUUGGACUUGGCCGGUUUUUCAGCUCUAAAACCACAGCUGCACAUUCUUUAGUGGGUACACCUUAUUACAUGUCUCCAGAGAGAAUACAUGAAAAUGGAUACAACUUCAAAUCUGACAUCUGGUCUCUUGGCUGUCUACUGUAUGAGAUGGCCGCCUUGCAGAGUCCCUUCUACGGCGACAAAAUGAACUUAUACUCGCUGUGCAAGAAGAUAGAGCAGUGUGACUACCCCCCUCUCCCUUCAGAUCACUACUCGGAGGAACUGCGACAGCUGGUCAACAUGUGCAUCAACCCAGACCCGGAGAAGCGACCGGACAUCACCUACGUGUACGACGUGGCGAAGAGGAUGCACGCGUGCACCGCCAGCAGCUAAACACGUGCAAGAUCCUGAAGAACAUGCUGAAAACAAUUUAAAGUAUUUCUGUGCAGAUCAUACCUCCCCGUUUAUGUCUGGGUGUUAAGAUUAAUACUUCAGAGCUGAUGUGCUUUGAAUCCUUAACCAGUUUUCAUGUAAGCUUCAUUUCGUACCCGUCUAAGUCACCUUCCUGCAGCCCCCGGAUGACUCUGGAAUGAUCAAACUGCAUGUUAGGAGAGUAAGUGAAACAUGAGGGUUUUUAGUGGCUAAAGGCGUUGAAGAAUUAUUUAGAGUUUUC